CCCCCAUGUUUUGGCAUUUGACUGAGGACAGCAUCUCUUUAUUCUACAAAAAUCUGAAGUGAGGAUGUGACAGUUUCAAGGGGAAGUCAUGAUGUUGAGUUAUGUUCAUGAUGAAGUGUGAACACUUUCAGCUUACAAAACUAAGCAUGAGCAUGUCGACUGGAAGAGGAGUGCCGUCUCCGCUCUGCCAGGGCUUUCUGAAGAAACGGAAAGACAAAAUGAGGCUUCGGUGGGUGACAUACUGGUUCAGACUUUACAAUACAACACUUUUUUUCUACACUAAAAAACAUGGGAGUGCUUUAGACCUCAGGGGACAAUAUUACAUAUAUGAGGUUCAGUCUGUGCGGGAGGUAAACAGAUCGGAGAACAAUCGCUAUCUAUUUGAGAUCACAAUGAAAAAUGGGAAGAAGAAAAUGCUGGCUGCAGAUACAGCUGAUGUCAGGCAGGAGUGGAUAGACCAGCUCUGGAAAGCCAUGCUGCUCAAUGGCCCCGACAGAACUGGAUCUGUCUCUAAUGGGGAGCUGGUGCCAGAUAACAACCCUGAAGCUCGGUCUAGCCGGUGUGAAGGAUCAAGUACUGAGACCAGCAGCACUUCAAUGGACAGCAGAUGUCUCUCCAUUGGUCAAGAAUCAUUCCAGUCCUUCACUGAUGCUGAUGAGACUCAAGAAACUCUGCACACAGACAAUGAAAUGGAGCAAAGUACUGAGGAGUUUAUACUGACUGACUAUGAAUAUGACGUUCUACCAUCUCGAAAACUUGCUGAAGAAGUCAUCUAUGACACUCCCCCUUCCAAAUGGUCAACCAAUGAGGGAGAGCAUGGCAAGUCUCCACACACUCAAAUUAUACAUUUACACUGUAAACAUUGAUAUAUUUCGCACAGUGUCCUGUGAUUGUUCUCCAUUUUACAGAGGUGACUGAGAGCAUCUAUGAUGUCCCAAACGCUUUGAUUAGGAAACUGACUGAACAUACAAUUGAAUCUCACAGCAGCAGUAGUGAGAGUCCUGAGAGUGAUGAUCUUCUAAAUGACAUGAUAGCAUGUUUGGACAGUGAAUCUGCUGCCUGGGUCAAAACUGCUCCUUUGUGAGCCUGAGUCACUUUUCGCAAGACUGGGAUGAUAAUAAAUGUGUUGAUGGAUAAACCUUAUAUUGUUCAUUUUC